UCUGAACAUGCCCAAAACAUGAUUGCCCAGCACUGGGACGGCGGCCCUCUUGUACUGUCACCUCUUCUGUGUCCGCUUUGGGAUGCGAGACCACCCAAUGCCUAAUCUGCUUCAAUCUCAGCUGCGCCUCCUUGUCGUCCAACUCUGAUGUCACUAAUUUAACAGUGGUCUGUGCUUUCUCACUUCACGUCGACCUGUUGAGCGAGCCCCUGUGUCUGUCUGUCUGUGGUUCUGCAUCCAUUCUGUGCCACUCCUCGCUGUGGCUCAAGGGCGAUUUGACGGCCACGUUGGAUAUCCUCCUCUCACAACAGCCACGAGCAGCCACCGGCCAGCGUCAACAGCAACAGCAGCUUGGCCGACCAUGCAGUCCGUGCAGAGGAAGUUCGGCAGGCUCCUCGGCAGGAGCCCAGGCGACAAUGCCAAAGUCUCGGUCUUGUUGAACGACUAUGAGGAUGCAGAUCGCAUUCUGGCAAAGCUCAUCGAAAGCGCAAAAUCCUGGCAAGAGUCAUGGUUUACUCUAGUCAACUCGCAGCUCGAGAUCGCCAAUGUCUAUGCUAGCCUCUACGACCCUAUUGUUGGAGCCUCCGAUGGCCACGGUCGCCAGACUGCCAUCACCCCAGAGCUCCAGCUCCACAGGACCUUCGCCCUCAAGGACGUCUACUCGGACCUGAGGACAGAGCUCACCGAGGACAUUGCCUCGAUUGAGCCCCGCGUCAUCCAGCCGGCCAACAAUGCCCGCCAAUCCAUCGCCCCCAUACGAAAGACCAUCAAGAAGAGGGAGGAUAAGCGGCUCGAUGUCGAGAAGACACAGGACAAGGUCCACAAACUCCACCGGAAGGCAACCCGGACGCCCAAGGAAGAUGCUCAAUUGGCAAAAGCCGAGGACGACCUGGCGAGCCUUACCGAGGAGUUUGAGAUCGCCGACCACCACCUGCGAGAAACCCUGCCCCCGAUUAUCCAGGCUACAUUCAGCCUUGUGCCUCCUCUUCUCGCAACUCACAUUGUGAUCCAGAACCGCCUGCUCGGCUUAUAUUAUACCGUGUUGCACGGAUACUGUGAAGAGAAUGACUUCCCGUCCCCAGCACCGCCGAUGGACGAGGUUAUUGCGGUGUGGGCCAACUCCUUCGAGGCCGGGAAGCGCGACGUGGAGUCCAUCUCGAUAAUUGCCCGGGGAAGGGGCAUCAGGGAGCCUCUGAACUUAUCGAACGAUGGCGCGCCGCUUGGUCGACAGCUCUCUGCUCCGCCACCGGAGCCCGGCAUGCGCCGUGCAUCAUCGGGUCUGAUCCCCAGUGCCAACGGCGGCCGGCCGCGCAUAGCUUCGUCCAACUCGGCGGCUCGGACGCCAUCGCCACAACCCAGCCCGAAUAUUGGUCCGAGGCCAGACGUCAAAAAUCCAAACUACGGUGGGCUCUUGAAGCCUACUGACUUCACGACAGCGAGUGACUUGGGCAGGUCGUCAGGGCAGGUAUCCCCAUCACAGCUUCGCCAGAGUUCUGCAGGUGACUAUUUCGCCGGUCGCAACCCACCUUCUCCAGCUUCCACGGUCGCGUCGAAUUUCUCGCAGACCAGCAUCGCGGCCAAGAAAAAGCCACCUCCACCGCCGCCACCGAAGCGAAUAGGCAGUAGCAAGCCAGAGGAGUAUGUGAUUGCUCAGUACGAUUUCACGGGCCAGGGUGCCGGCGACUUGUCCUUCAGAGAAGGCGACCGUAUCAAAAUUGUCAAGAAGACCCAGACUGACCAGGACUGGUGGACUGGCGAGCUCGCAGGUGUCAAGGGAAGUUUUCCCGCCAAUUAUUGCAAGCCUGCUUAGUUGCAGCUUUUGGAGACGCGUUAAAGCUACCCAUCAGGAUGAGCUUCUUACGAGUGACGAUAUGUAAUUGAGUUAUUCGAUGCGAAGGGGCGAUCAGGACAGCCGGAAAAUUGGGGUAGAGCGGUCAGCGAUGGAUAUAUACGCGGAUACCUAGGAGCCCUGGGAACACUUUAACUCCGAUUGAAGGCUUGGUCGGGAUAAGUGCGCGGCUCAACAUUGAGGUGGUUUGUUAGACGGCCUUCCCUGUGAAUAAUUAGAUCAUACGAAACUCGAAGCCUCAGGCAGUCAUCACACACCGGUUACAGCUUUUAGAUACCUCAUUCUUAUUAUUCAAAAUCAUUAUAUACACAUGCCCUAUAAACCG